UCUCUUUGCGUCAAAAUGCUGCUUCUUGCAAUGCUGCUUGCCUGCAUUGGCUCCCUGGCACCUUCGGAAGGGUGCGUGGCCAAUAUAUGUGAGAACCGUUGGAGAGUUCUUGAAUGCAGAACUGGUUGGGAGAUAAAUAUUGUAACUGCUAACUAUGGAAGAACCAGUAGAAGAAUUUGUCGACACCCAGCAAUGCUUACGACGAAAUGCAACGCAAAAAAUUCGCUGAAGAAAGUGCAAAAAGCCUGCCAGGGUAAACAAAUUUGCCGCCUUCACGCCGUUAACAGCGUAUUUGGUGAUCCUUGUGUCGGAACAUAUAAGUACUUGAGAGUUAUUUACAGUUGUCGACCAAGAUCGCGAAUUACGAACAUCUGUGAGCAUCGAAGACAAACUAUUCGAUGCAUGUCUGGACAGGUACUUAGAAUAACAGGCCUGAACUACGGGAGAACUGACAGAAAUCCUGUCGCUCACGAAACAUGGGAAACACAAAAUGUCACUCGGCAAGAAACCUCAACAGAAAAAUUUAUCAAAAGUGCAAUGGAAGACGUUCUUGCAAUCUUUGGGCCAGUAACAGAGUGUUUGGCGACCCUUGUCCUGGAACAUACAAAUAUUUUAUUAAAGCCAAUAUACCUCUAUUUGUCAAGUGUAACUUUGUCCUGUUUUCAAAUUUUUCAACUUUGUAAAAUGCUUGAGCAAUCUGUCGUUUUCUAUUCUAAAGGAUUUCCAACAAUUAAUAUCUGCGAACACAAAAAACGAUCCAUUGGAUGCAGGCAUGGAAAGGUUCUCUCUAUAAUCCACGCCAACUAUGGAAGGAUGGGAACAUUAACCUGUCCAUCACGUUUCAUGAAAAACACAAGAUGUUUCUCUAAGAGCUCCGUAUUCAAAGUUCGCCGAGAAUGCAAUGGAAGGCGCUAUUGUAAUCUUUCGGCCAGUAACAGAGUGUUUGGCGAUCCCUGUCGUGGAACAUACAAAUAUUUGAGAGUUGUUUAUCGUUGCCUUAAUCGUCAACGUCCGGGUCCACGUCCACGUCCGGGUCCACGUCCAAGACCAAGAUUUCCAACAAUUAACAUCUGCGAGCACAAAAAACGAUCCAUUGGAUGCAGGCAUGGAAAGGUUCUCUCUAUAAUCCACGCCAACUAUGGAAGGAUGGGAACAUUAACCUGUCCAUCACGUUUCAUGAAAAACACAAGAUGUUUCUCUAAGAGCUCCGUAUUCAAAGUUCGCCGAGAAUGCAAUGGAAGGCGCUAUUGUAAUCUUUCGGCCAGUAACAGAGUGUUUGGCGAUCCCUGUCGUGGAACAUACAAAUAUUUGAGAGUUGUUUAUCGUUGCCUUAAUCGUCAACGUCCGGGUCCACGUCCACGUCCGGGUCCACGUCCAAGACCAAGAUUUCCAACAAUUAACAUCUGCGAGCACAAAAAACGAUCCAUUGGAUGCAGGAAUGGAAAGGUUCUCUCUAUAAUCCACGCCAACUAUGGAAGGAUGGGAACAUUAACCUGUCCAUCACGUUUCAUGAAAAACACAAGAUGUUUCUCUAAGAGCUCCGUAUUCAAAGUUCGCCGAGAAUGCAAUGGAAGGCGCUAUUGUAAUCUUUCGGCCAGUAACAGAGUGUUUGGCGAUCCCUGUCGUGGAACAUACAAAUAUUUGAGAGUUGUUUAUCGUUGCCUUAAUCGUCAACGUCCGGGUCCACGUCCGGGUCCACGUCCACGUCCACGUCCAAGACCAAGAUUUCCAACCAUUAACAUCUGCGAGCACAAAAAACGAUCCAUUGGAUGCAGGCAUGGAAAGGUUCUCUCUAUAAUCCACGCCAACUAUGGAAGGAUGGGAACAUUAAUCUGUCCAUCACGUUUCAUGAAAAACACAAGAUGUUUCUCUAAGAGCUCCGUAUUCAAAGUUCGCCGAGAAUGCAAUGGAAGGCGCUAUUGUAAUCUUUCGGCCAGUAACAGAGUGUUUGGCGAUCCCUGUCGUGGAACAUACAAAUAUUUGAGAGUUGUUUAUCGUUGCCUUAAUCGUCAACGUCCGGGUCCACGUCCACGUCCGGGUCCACGUCCACGUCCACGUCCAAGACCAAGAUUUCCAACAAUUAACAUCUGCGAGCACAAAAAACGAUCCAUUGGAUGCAGGCAUGGAAAGGUUCUCUCUAUAAUCCACGCCAACUAUGGAAGGAUGGGAACAUUAACCUGUCCAUCACGUUUCAUGAAAAACACAAGAUGUUUCUCUAAGAGCUCCGUAUUCAAAGUUCGCCGAGAAUGCAAUGGAAGGCGCUAUUGUAAUCUUUCGGCCAGUAACAGAGUGUUUGGCGAUCCCUGUCGUGGAACAUACAAAUAUUUGAGAGUUGUUUAUCGUUGCCUUAAUCGUCAACGUCCGGGUCCACGUCCACGUCCGGGUCCACGUCCAAGACCAAGAUUUCCAACAAUUAACAUCUGCGAGCACAAAAAACGAUCCAUUGGAUGCAGGCAUGGAAAGGUUCUCUCUAUAAUCCACGCCAACUAUGGAAGGAUGGGAACAUUAACCUGUCCAUCACGUUUCAUGAAAAACACAAGAUGUUUCUCUAAGAGCUCCGUAUUCAAAGUUCGCCGAGAAUGCAAUGGAAGGCGCUAUUGUAAUCUUUCGGCCAGUAACAGAGUGUUUGGCGAUCCCUGUCGUGGAACAUACAAAUAUUUGAGAGUUGUUUAUCGUUGCCUUAAUCGUCAACGUCCGGGUCCACGUCCGGGUCCACGUCCACGUCCACGUCCAAGACCAAGAUUUCCAACAAUUAACAUCUGCGAGCACAAAAAACGAUCCAUUGGAUGCAGGCAUGGAAAGGUUCUCUCUAUAAUCCACGCCAACUAUGGAAGGAUGGGAACAUUAACCUGUCCAUCACGUUUCAUGAAAAACACAAGAUGUUUCUCUAAGAGCUCCGUAUUCAAAGUUCGCCGAGAAUGCAAUGGAAGGCGCUAUUGUAAUCUUUCGGCCAGUAACAGAGUGUUUGGCGAUCCCUGUCGUGGAACAUACAAAUAUUUGAGAGUUGUUUAUCGUUGCCUUAAUCGUCCACGUCCACGCCCACACCGACAUCCACGUCCACGUCCACGUCCACGUCCAAUACCAGAGAAAAGACGUUCAGUCACUUGCGAAGGAAGAAUUGCGAGACUCACCUGUCCUCUUGGGAAAAAAGUGAAAAUUUAUUACGCAAAUUAUGGCAGAUCAAACCGUAGUUAUUGUCGUCGCUCUAACUUUUGGAAUACUAAAUGCAGUAGUUGUAGAUCAUUAAUGAUUGUCAGAAGACGAUGCAACAGGAGACGUUCCUGUGCAGUUCCAGCAACAAACCAAGUAUUUGGUGACCCAUGCCGUGGGACAUACAAAUACCUUGACAUAACAUACCAAUGCACAAAUUAACCAAUGAGGUUAGACGCAGCACAUGAUAACUGAAUAUUACUUGACAGUAAAGAACUUGAAUGAUUUUGAAUAUUUAUCGAAUUUUUGUUAAUCACAUUAAUUUUUUAAUUACUGAAGAAGAUUGAAAA